GUCUGCCUUACUUCUUUUACUUUUGGUAGUUGCAGUGUAUUUGCCUGCUAAACUACUGUACUUUUACUUCAGAAAAAGAAUGAAUGCAGGACUGCAUUCUUGAAAGUUUCGCCUUUGCCACAUGAAAAAAAAAGGAGGAGAAAACAAGAUUUCAGAAGAAAGAAUAAAGAUAUGAAAUAAUUGAACACACUUCUGCUUAGAGCCUUUGUUUUAGGGGUGGUGGGGUUACAGUGGGGGGAUAAUGGACCCAUGACCCCAGUAUUUCUAAAAUCCUGGAUGCGCCCCUGGUGCCACUGGCACCUUUACACACUGGCGUGAUUUCCUGUGAAUGAGCUCUGUGGAGCCGCGGAGCUGCUCUCGGUCCUCCCUCUCUCCUCAUUGUACCGCUCACCGGGAAGUACGGUGGGCAGGACUGAUCCGAGAGCGAGAGAGAGAGAGAGAGAGGGAGGGAGGGAGGGAGAGGGAGAGAGAGGGAGGGAGAGAGAGAGGAAACAGAUCUCUACACGACGCUACGCCGGUGCACCACGGGGUGCGCAUUCAAACUGACCAGCGCGUCUCUGUCACGGCGCACACAGUGUCCUCUCUCCACAUCCAUCGCCGGGCAGCCUCACCGCAGCUGACCUCAGGAGCCGGUGCAAAGGAGGUGCAGAGAAAAAGAGGAGGACGGAGGAGGUGAUGUUCUCUCCUCAGCUCACUGUAACUGUGAGCUCAGCGAGGGUUUGAGUCUGUCAGGACGCCUCUCGUCACCCCGCGACUAUCAACCCUCUGUUCUAAAGCAAAAAAAAACAAGCAGCCACACUUCCUGCCCUGACACCUCACCAUCCACCACCAGUUCCACUACUUCCAUCCUCACUGUCAUGGCCUUCACCCUGUCAGAGAUCAUGGCAGCAAGGCGGCAGCAGUCGCAGGCUCAGUCACACGCCCAGCGAGGCAGCAGGACGGCGGUGGAGGUGGACGAGUACAGCACCAACCCCACUCAGGCCUUUACCUUCUACAACAUCAACCAGGGACGCUUCCAGCCGCCACACGUCCACAUGGUGGACCCGAUGCCCCAUGACACCCCCAAGCCCCCAGGCUACACCCGUUUUGUGUGCAUCUCGGACACUCACUCCCGCACUGACUCCAUCCAGAUGCCGUAUGGAGACGUGUUCAUCCACGCCGGAGACUUCACUGAGCUGGGACUGCCAUCUGAGGUCAAGAAGUUCAACGACUGGCUAGGUACUCUGCCCUACGACAUCAAGAUAGUAAUCGCCGGAAACCAUGAGCUGACUUUUGACCAGGAGUUCAUGGCUGACCUCAUCAAGCAGGACUUCUACUACUUCCCGUCUGCCUCCAAGCUGAAGCCAGAGAAUUACGAGAAUGUCCAGUCACUGCUCACCAACUGCAUCUACCUGCAGGACUCCGAGGUGACAGUGCGGGGCUUCAGGAUCUACGGCUCCCCUUGGCAGCCUUGGUACUACGGCUGGGGCUUCAACCUGCCGCGGGGUCAGGCUCUGCUGGACAAAUGGAACCAGGUCCCUGAUAACACAGACAUCCUGGUCACACACUGCCCCCCACUGGGUUUCCUCGACUGGGUGCCCAAAAAGAUGCAGCGAGUCGGGUGUAUGGAGCUGCUCAACACGGUCCAGAGGAGAGUCCAGCCCAAAUUACAUGUGUUCGGACACAUUCAUGAAGGUUACGGCAUGAUGACUGACGGCACCACAACGUUCGUCAACGCCUCAGCCUGCACUGUCAACUUCCUGCCCAUGAACCCGCCCAUUGUCAUUGACCUUCCGAACCCCAGAGCCACAUGACUAGAGGAAGCUCGCCCCAAGACACCCGCUGCCAAUCAGGAGAAAGAAGCCAGGAGAGGCAGGUGAGUUUGUGGGCAGAACGGACCGGAUUCUGUAAAUACAAAAAAAGUGUGUUUUUAAUGCAACACGUACAGCACAUGCCGGGAGGCAGAGCGGACUAAGUGAGGGACGGAUGCUCCCUCAUGCUAUUUAUGUUAGUUUAUUUGCCAUAGUUUCUUCAUCUCAACGCUGAGUCUAAAAGCAGACAAAUGGACGAAGGGACAAAUGGACAUUUCUCUGUGUCCUCUUUUACCGCACUGACAAUCUGAUUUUGGACUUAAGUGAAGCCCAGCGCCUCGUCUACAGCAGCAACGGAACAUUUGCCAGAGGGACUGUCACAGAACUUUUCUCCCCUCCUACUUUUAAACAUUAAUUUCACAUCGUUUUUCUUAUUUCUUCCCCACUCCAUAAACCACCCUCCCUUAUCUUCCUGCUGUUUGUCUCAUGUCCUCGGGCAUGCUGGAGUGUUUUACCAGCAUGCAUAUGUGUGUGUGUGUGUGUGUAUGUAUGCGUGUAUAUGUGAGAUCAAAGCAAGUGGGUGAGGGCAGCAAGAGGUCUCUGCUAUGGGCUGUGUGAGAGUCGGGGUGUCAGACAUGUUGACACCGCUCCCCUGGGCCUCAUUACGGCCCUCAUAAGCCUCUUAACCGGCUGAGCGGAGGUAGCAGAGGAAACCACAGGCCUGCAUUUUCUUUUCAUUUUUUCCUUCCCUUCUAUCCUCAGUGCCGUGAAUGACUCGCUCAGCUUUUUAAAUAUGACCGGGAGGUCAGGCACUUUGGACUUGGAAAGGACAGCAGGUUACAUAUAACGUAAAGGUGCUACAUGCUAAUGCUGCUUCU